AUGGCAUCUUUAGGGUCAUUCCUCACACAAGCAUUCCCACCGAGUCCACAAUUCACCGAAAAGGACAUUCCUUCCCAAGUGGGCAAAGUCUUUCUUGUCACAGGCGGUAAUUCAGGCAUUGGGUAUGAGGUUGUUAAAAUCCUCUACUCCAAGGGCGGCACAGUCUACAUGGCUGGCCGUAAUCCAGGAAAAAUCAAUGCGGCAAUCGAAGCUAUAAAGUCCACUCACACCGCUAGCCCUGGACGUAUCAAGAGUCUCAUUCUCGACCUUGGCGACCUUAGCACAAUCCCAUCCUGCGUCGCUGACUUCCUCGCCCAAGAAACUCGUCUCGAUGUUCUCUGGAACAACGGAGGCAUCGCCCAAGUCCCUGCCGGCAGUGUAAGCGCCCAAGGCCACGAAGCCCAGAUCGGCACCAACUGUCUCGGGCCCUUCCUCUUGACGCAACUCCUUCUUCCUGUCCUACUGCGAACCGCAAAAUCAGUACCCACAGCUGGCGUGCGCGUAGUAUGGGUAUCUUCGGGGGUUAUUGAUCUCAAAGCUCCUCCGGGUGGUCUCUUACUGGACGAGCUUGCCCCUGGCCAUCAUUCGCAAGACAAGAUGCAUAACUACAGCGUCUCGAAGGCGGGCGACUGGCUUCUAGCGUCGGAACUGGAUAAGCGGGUUCGCAAGCACGGGAUCGUGUCUGUGGCUCUCAGUCCAGGUCAGUUGAAGGCCAAGGGCUUUGAUCGGCUGCCGUGGCAUCAGAGGUGGCUGAUGAAGCCCUUGUUACAUGAACCUAUCAUGGGCGCGUAUACGGAGUUAUGGGCUGGGCUUAGUCCGGAGGUGACGUGUGCUGAUGGAGGGAGAUUUGCUUUGCCGUGGGGAAGAUGGCAUCCGAGCCCAAGGAAGGAUAUUCUUGAGAGCUUGAAGGCAAAAACGGAGGGAGGAACUGGCGUUGCGGCUGAGUUUUGGCACUGGUGCGAGGAGCAGUCAAAGGGUUAUGUUGGACUUGGAAAUUGA